AUGCCUAAUGUUCCAUCGAGUCACGACAACUCGCAGCCAUUGCCUGAAGAGGCAGUGGCUGCCGAUCCGUUCAGUAUGGAUGACGAGGUAACGACGGAACAAGCUCCUGAAUCACCUGUGGUCGUGCCUGUGGUACCCGUCAUUCCACCCACUAACGACAGCAUUAUACCACUGCUGGAGACACAAAACGAAUCUAUUUCCACGACGGAGGCCGCAGAAGAUUCUGAUAUGACGACGAUGUCCAGCCCACACGUACCUGUUGUCCAAACUGCACUCGAAGGACGAGUGCUGAAGGAGAAGGAAGAGGCUCAUGCCACUACCAGAGAUUCUGUCACCGAUCUUCAAAGUGAGUCGACAGCUGAGACAUCUGAAAUGCCUUUCGUAACAGAAAAGAUCGAAGACGAUGAAUCUAGCACGGAAGCCGCUUCAAGAGGUGAACCAGCGGAGACAACUUCUAUCAGAAGUGAAGUGCCAUUUGAUUUCACGACCGCAGAAGAUCAUCUCUCGUCGUCCGAAUUACCAGUAACAGCAGAAUCCACUGAUUUGACUCCAACAGUCUCCAAAGUCUUUACGGAAACGCCUGAACGUCCGACUACCACAUCCAGUUCGGCUGCGGCUACUACAACUGCAGAUGAAGAUGAUGUUCCAUUCGAUCAAGACAAACUCUCUGGACUAUUCGAACAAGACGGUUCAUUCAUUCCAGACCAUCUGAUCAACCAGCCGUCUUCCGAGCCUGUCUUCCCACGAGUGGAACUGCCAGAAGAAAGCGCAGAGAUCAUCAAUGACAAGAGGAAACCCACCACUGCCGGAACAUUCAUGGUUGACUCCAAGCCCACUACAGUAACCGCUGAAAUUGACGAAACAACACCAACCACCAUUCCCACGACUUUGACUUCCGAACGACCUCGGCCAUCUAUAGUCAUUCAGCCGAUUGUUUCAAAAACGACAAUCAACGAAUUCCACGUUUUGGGACAUCGACCCGAGUUGAACAGUGAAGAAGCUCGCCGCAUUACAGCUCUCGUUCAUGAAAACACUAAGGCGGUACCCACACCGACAGAAACUGCCACUGAAACUGAACAAACUUCCGCUGUUACGGAACCCACACCUGAACCAGCGACUCCGCCUGCAGUGGAGUCCACACACGAACACAUCCCCAAGACCGCAUUAACCAUGCGAAUCACUUCUAUUGAAUUUAUGGAUGAAUUUGAAGACAAGACGAGUGGAAAGUAUAAGAAACUCAGUGAUCAGAUUGUUCCACAGAUCAGUGUGGUCCUGAGCACACUCCUUGGAGAUAACUUUGUUGGUUACGAGAUCGCAUCGCUAGCCAAGGGUUCAGUCGUCGUCAACGGAGUUAUUUUAACACGAGAAGAUAUCCAGGAUGCCGAAGACUUGGCCACUAAGUCGUUACAAAGCGACAUCGAGUCGACAGCGAUUUAUGAGCGAGUUUCUACGUUGCAAAAGAAAUCUCAAAGUGAACACCUCAUUGAUUCGGCGGAACGGAAAUUUUAG